AUGGACGCAGAAGGUCUUCAUAUGGCGGUUGACUACGUGGGAAGCAGUGGUGUUAUUCUUAGUACAGAACAGAAAGCAGCCUUACAGUCAUCGCUGGUUAUUUUGAAAAGCAACUACAAGUUUCGUGGAGUGAAAUUUUGGGGCAAAAUUCUUGGGGUGAAGAGCGAUUACUUUAUUGUGCAGGGAGUUGGUAAAGAUGAACUGAAGGAUAGAAAAACACUAUACAGGUAAAUUGUAUUCGAAAUCUAGUGAAAAGUCCUGUGGAGACUGACUGACAAAUAUUGCACAAAUUGUUCCUUUAAAGAUAAGCUUACAGAUCGAAGUUAAUUGUAUUUAUUUAUUUAUAUGUUAUAAUUCACAAAGUUUUCCCAUCACUGUGAAUGCAAAGGUUUCUGAUGGGAAAUUUAUGAAGACUUCUGUCGAAUGAAUCUGAUGGUAUUAUCCCCCCCCCCACCUCCGGCUCUCUUAUGAAUGAAGAAUUACACAUGUACAGUAGGCAGAUCUCAGAGGGUGUUAUCUGCUGAGGCUAAAAUCAUCCUUCCAGACCCUGCCUAAUUCUCAAUAUCAAGGCAAAUCCAAAGCUAUUUCUUUUUUUGCUAAACUUGUGAAAUUUUCUGCCAUUUUCUCCUUCUCUACCAAAACAGCCAAGCCGUCACAGUCAAUCUUAGUCCCCAGAGGCUUCUUGGUUUUCCAACCCUAUUUCUGUCAUUAUUCUGUACAAUUACCAUUAUCUGUACCAAUAUCGCAAGUCCCUUCCAAGUUUGCUCAAUGCUACAACCAGUUGCAAAAGUACUUGAAACACUGUACCGUAUUUUGGUAUUUAUAAAUGGCCUGUCCAUAAUCUUGUGCUUGUGAUCCCCCCUCCACCCCUUAUCAAAGUUGCUAGCAAUACAAGACCAUGCUCAAAACUCUGAGGAACAACUUUGAAUUAUACAACUUAUACAUUGUCCGUGACUGUGCUCACAUGGUGGGUGGCUCCUCCUAAAAUGUUCUGCAAUUGGUAUAUAGGAUUUAAUGGAGCCGACACCAAUAAUUAUUGUGGAAUUGCACGCAUUUUAGGCAUCCUACUGAUGAACAGUUGCGACAUGUAGAUAUAUAUUUUUUAGCAACUAAGAUAAUUUGCAGUCUGUCUACUUUGAUUUGAAUGUGAGAGAGAGGAGGGAGCUUGGUAUUAUAUAUCACAGACCUGUGACUAGCAGCAUUUUGAAGCAAGAAAGGUCGUUUUUUUUGCGGGAGUGUCUCAGCAUUUUUGCUGCUGGUUGUAGCUCAUUUUGAAGAAUUAACUUUGGUAUUGAGCCAAUCAGAAAUAGAGAAAUAUUUUGAAUGAAUAUUUACAAUUUGCAAUUAUUGUUUUUGUGAUAGUCAAGACUGUGUACACUGGGGUUUACUGCCAGUAGUUACAGAAAGCAUGAGACACAACAGUUCCUUUGUGAAGGGACGUUUCACUGGUGACCCGUCUUACGAAUAUGAACACACUGAGACAAAGAGAGUGGAAAGCCAAGAUGGAGAUAGAGUUGAAGGAGCUGAGGAGGAGAAUAUUGUAAGUAUUACUUUGGAGCCUUUCUAUUAAAUUGGGUGCAUGCACAAUUAAUGUUUCUGUUUUUUUUUUUUUCCACAUCAAUUUUUUUGGAAUUCAAACUACUGAAUGCACAAACUUUCUCUUGGAUCUCGGAGGUGAUAUGAGCUAUUUAAAGUAGUUUGACUUAAGAUGUGGUGGUUGUUGUUUCAUUUCCUUAUCAUUGCUGCUAUCAUGUUGAUUCUCUUAGAAUGACAAGAACAUUGCUCCAAAUUCUCUCAAUUUUGUUAGAAAUGUCUGAGGCUUUCAUAGCUAUUAUUUUUCACUCUAUGAAUCAAGAACUUUAAUGGUUUGACAUCAUUUUUAUUAAUAAGUGUGUAGUUCAGUCUGUCAAACAGACACCAGUGGUUCAGUCCUUGUGAUGGAAUAUGAAAUGAAGCAGUGUACUGUUCUCAUAUUACAAAAACAUCGGCUGAUAGGCCCCUGUAAUAUUCAUGGUUUAUAUGAGUUAUGUUACCUUGGGAUUUUAUCGUUUUUUAUUCAUAGAUAAUGGUGAAAGAGGAGGACAGGCUUGCAACAACUAUUGAAGCUAUAGACUAUGAUGUCAGGAUAGUACCCAGAGGUGCAUACUUUAGAACAGCUCUUGGCACGGUGGAGGUGAACAGAAGUUUUGAAGGUGUGUAUAAAUGAGACUUGUCUACCCUAUUGUUUUCUCAGUUGAGUGGUAUAUAAGCUCGCAACAGCUUACAGAACAGGGAUUUUGUCUGUGUGGAGCUAAAGAGUGCAUGAAAAGAAGGUAUAAAAUACAGCAAAUACAAAUUUUAUUUUUGUUGUUUGUAACACUUGAUAUAUAUUAAAUACUUGGGAGACAAAUAUAUUUGCUUAACAAGGAGCUCUGAUUUUGUGUUUGGCAAGCAAUUUUUCGAGCUCCAUAGCAAGUAAGGAUGCACAAUUGGCAUUCUCAACAAAAUGAACUAGACCUGACACAGCCCCUUUAAUCAUUAAAUAAUAUUGUUAUAAAUUAUCCCAUAUCCAUCAGGUUUGUCAGUAGCUGAUUCAGGCAAGCUUUCCAGUUAUUUCCACUUCAGAGAACCAUUUCUUCUAACCCAGAAGACUCUUCUUCAAAAGGUAUGGUACUAAAAUGUAAACAUACGACUUUUGAGAGAAUACUAUUAUUAUACUAUGAUUUAUACCAAACCCAAACAAUGCUUACUGCAAAAAAACCCUUUUAUAAAUUCUAUUAGUAUCCAUGACUUAUAAAAGGGUGUUAUAAGAACAUGUUCAUUACACAAAAUAGCGCAAAAUAAAUGGAGGGAUCAAUGCAGUGUUGAUUAGACCACAGCACAAAAUAGAUGUGCUUGAUUAAUCAACGCAAUGACAGAAAUUGACACCCACCAAUGAACAAGAAACAAGGCGAGGUGGAAGAGCUGGGAAGAACCCAAAAGUGGUGGCAUGCGACAGAAAGUGUUGGUCAGAGAACGUGAUGGCCUUAUGCGCCCUCUAACAUAAUGAAAACGGAUAAUGAUGUUGAUGAUGAUGAUAUUACUUUUGUCAUAAACAUAAAUGAAUUAAAUCAAUGUGGAUUUUUUAUAAAAUCACUUUGCAAUUUUUUUGCUUUGUCCUUUAACAGGCUGAGCUGGAUAAAGCUGUUGAUUUUCUUGAUCCUAUUGACACUGAUGUGCCGAAAGGAGGUGAAAGCUGCUUUACAUUUUUAAUUUCCUUUUUUAUAACUAUAAACUUUUAGUCAUCAGAGACUUUGUCACUUUGGUUGGAACUUAAUUAAUCAAAAUUUAGACAGACCAUUUGCCCAUUUCCCUAGAUUAUUAGUAGCCAGCAAGCAAGCUCUAGGCGAUCCACUCCAGGGUGCUCUGGCGAUGGGGCGGGAACAGGAACAAGAGCUUGCAACUACGUCUCUGGAAAUUGAAUAUCUGCAUCGAAAAAGUCUAUGCGAAAUGCUGACUGGUGGAGAUGACAUUAGUAUAUGACAUCAUUACCCUUGGCACAUUUUUUUUCAAUGUUUGUUUACAUUCACGCUAUUUUCUACUUCACACUGAUUGGCGGAAAUCUGACAGCUCAGUCGACGGUGAGCCACAGGGGAAUUGGAGGUGGAAUUCAAUUUCCAAAAAUGUAGUUACAAGCUCUCCUUCCUUUUCCCACCCCACCAGGGUGGCCCAGAGAGCUUGCUCGAGCUUGCUCGCAGGCUAGAUUAUUAGUUCCCCAUUUGUUUUUUUUUAAAGUUUCAACUCUUCUGAUUUCAAUUUCCUGGCAUCACAUUUGCAACUUUUCAUUCAUAUGUUUUCUGUUUAUUUGUUUGUUUGUUAUGUAUAUUCGAUGGUACUAGAAUAAUAUGUUGUAACUGCGACUCUAACAGUUAAAUUUUGAGGUGGAUUUGACUAUCACUUUCUGUCCCUUCGUAAGGUUACAGGACAGAAGUUAUGUAAACAAAAUUUUGACUCUUUGUGAUUCUUAUAUGAUAAGGAACUAAGUGAUAUUUAACCUGUCACAGUAGCCUGCGUGCAGACGAUGACUAAACUCUGAUUAGUACCGUCUGCGCGCAGGCUACUGUCACAGUGGCUGGGGUUAUUACAGGUUUAUUACUGAAAAUAGCUGUCAGACAAGCCGUAUAAAUGGCUUGUUUCGUGAAACAUGAAAUGCAGUUUUUACGAUUUUAAAACGUGAAUGAUUUUUUUGGGUACUUUCGCUCACAUGAUAGAGAACGCAAGAAAGUAAGCCAGGUGUGAAAGCGAAGCGUUUGGAAGGGACGGCUAUGCUUUUGCCUGUUUUUUGGCGUUUUACUAGGGAAAAAAAUCAAUAUUUUUCUUGAAUUUUAUUUGUUGCACCUGACUAACAAUGAAAGAGAGAACUGCGAAUAAAAGCUACGAGAUAACGCGCGAGCGAGUGACAAAGCGUCUCGCUUUUGCGUGCCCCGCCCGCUUGGCCCUCACUAAAGCUAGAUAAUAAUCUAGAAGAUAUUUAAAGGCUUUUUUCUGUUUGUUGCAGGUUCCUGGAGUAUUCAGUUUGAACGUGGUAGUGGCCUUGUCACCCUUCGUAGCCUUCACUGGCUUGGCUUCACUUUUUAUCACGUGCCAAGCUCCAGAAAAUAUGGCUCAGUAUACGUGGGUCUUGGAACCAAGAAUCUGGACUUGCCUUUUAUGCUGUGAAAGCACGCGUUAUCAAAAAAACAUUUUGUGUAACAUAGUGUAUUUAUAAUAUCCACUUGAGUGAGGUGCUGUUUGUAACAAUUGUAUUAAUUUCCAUUCUGAUUUUUAACCAAGGAAUGUUUAGCGAGCAUCUUGAAGUGAAAUAAAAACAGCGUGGAAAAGCAAGCAAGCAAUUUGCCGACUUUAAUUACACAUAAGAAAAUCCC